GCCGAGGACUGGGGCGAGGAGCGGCGGGAGGAGCUGAAGGCGCGGAAGUUCAUAACCGGCGGCUGGAGUAGCGCCGAGGAGGACGAGGACGCCGAGCCGAAGCCGGCCGCCGACGGCGCCGAAGGAGGGGAGGCCGGCGAGCAGGGGGAGGAGGACGGAGCUGGUGCCGCCCCGGACAAAGCAGUCGCCGCAGGCGACGGCUUCUCGGACGGCGUGGCCAUCAGCACCUUCGUCCGCAUCAGGCUCGAGGGCGUGCCGGCCGCCUACGUGGCCGAGAUGCGCCGCGAGAGGCCGGUGCUGCUCGGCGGCCUGCUGCCCGGCGAGCAGAGGAUGGGCAUGACGCAGGUGCGCGUGAAGCGGCACCGGUGGCACCCGAAGCUGCUGAAGAGCGGUGACCCGCUGCUGCUGUCGGUGGGCUGGAGGCGGUACCAGAGCGUGCCCACCUUCUCGCUCGAGGACAGGGGCGAGAAGCGCAUGCGGUACCUGAAGUACACGCUGGAGCACGCCCACUGCGUAAUGACCAUGUACGGGCCCAUGGUGCCCCCGAACGCGGGCGUGAUGGCCUUCCGGUCCUGGCAGAAGGUCAGCCACUUCCGCGUUUGCGCGACCGGGGGCGUGCUCGAGUCCGCGCCGAACUUUGACAUCAGGAAGAAGCUGAAGCUGGUGGGCGAGCCCUACAAGAUCUUCAGGAACACGGCCUUCGUCAAGGGCAUGUUCAACUCCGACCUGGAGGUCAGCAAGUACAGCCACUCAAAGAUCCAGACCGUCAGCGGCAUUCGCGGCGAGAUCAAGAAGGCGGAGGGCACCCGCGGCUGCUUCCGGGCCACCUUCGAGGACAGGAUACUGAUGUCGGACUUGGUGGUGUGCAAGUGCUGGGUGCGCGUCGCACCUCGGAUGGUGCUCCCAGAUUAUUUGAGCGACCUCCUCCAGUCUGGCGCGCGGGAGAUAGGCCGCGGCGCGGUGGCUGGCGUGGUGGCCAGCUGGACCGCGACUGGUGUGCAGUCGGAGGCCUGCCCGCUCCCACCGCCCUGUCCGCCGGGGCCGGCCUGCCCCAACCUGACCUGCCCGGAGCUGACGUGUCCCGAGGCGGUCUGCCCGGCGUGCCCGACGCUGGUCUGCCCUGAGGGGCCGCCGUGGGUGCUUCUUGCCGCGGCCCUCGUGUUCAACGGUGUGGUGGCCGCGGUCGGCGGCUUCUGUGCCGGCGCGUUGAUGCCGGGCAGUAGGAUCCUCGUGCGCUACGUGGACGCUGGCGAGGACCUCCUGCACGAGCGUGUAUGCCUGUGGCCGGUGAGCUUCGAGGAGUGGGUCACGGAGUCACCAGAUGGCGACCAGAUGCCAGAGCGUCUGACAGGCCCCGACGUCGAGGAGUUCAUCGUGCUGGCGCCUGGUGGCGGGGUGCCUCGUCACGUGGUCUCGCCGAGGUACCGGUUCCGACGAGAGAUCGGCGCCCGGGAGCUCCGCGGGAAGGUGAUCGAGGCUCGGUACCAGGCGCGCCAGGCGCUCGCCGCUGGCGAGGCGCCGCUGCCCGCGCCGCUUCACACGCAGCAGUGGGACGGGCGCGUGGUGGCGCUCGAGGACUUCUGGCGGCUUGGGGGUGCUCCUGCCCGCCGUGGGCGGGGCAAGGCGCCACCGACUGUGCUGGACGCGCCCGACGACGAGGACGACGACUUGGGGGGCACCCAGACUCCUCCACCUCGAGAGGAGGCUGUUGCCGCCGCGGCGACCGCCAUCGUGGAGGACGAGAAGGACUACCGCUGGGUCGUCGGCGAGCCGAACUCCUCGUUCCCGCUCGGCACCGAGUUCACCGUCGCGACGAUCCUCAGCGAGAAGGACGCCCGCAGGCUGGGGGAUCGGAUGCUGGUGAGCGUCACCGCGUCCCCCGCCUCGGGCCGGACCGCCGAGGGCGUCGUGGUGCUCUACCGCCUCCACGUGGACGACGUUCCUGGUUUCGGGGCCCGGCGCUGGAGGGACAUUGCCGCGCUCAUGCCUAGCGACGGGCCUGGGGCACCUGAGCCUCCUUUGCCGGCCCCGGUGGACGCGCCGCCUGAGCCGGACCUUGACGACGCCAGGACCCUGCCCGUGCAGUGCGACGAGCAGGGCGAGAGGUUCCGCUCGUGGAAGGAGGCCGUCGCCAAGAUGCACGAGAGCUUCUAUGAGGACUGGCCCGUCGAGGGCCCGCGUACCAUGCUUUGGAUGGCGAAGAACAUUGAGAGGACUGGAGGUUCCCCGAUGCAGUGGUACCACAAGUAUCUCGCCGAGAAUCGCAUUGCUGCUUCGGACCGCCUCGCGUGCGAGCUCCAGGCGAUGUGCCGCUUGUUGGAGCACGCCGGGUGCUACGAUCAGCUCAACCUCGCGUCGCUGGCCGCGUUCGAGGUGUUGGCGAGGAGGAUGCAGCUGUUGCUGGACGCGGCCAGUCGUGGUCCUGGAGAGGGCCGCUUUGAGGGCGAGGAACUGUGGUCAGGCCAUCAGCAGCGGACUGCGGGGAUCGCCCCGGCCCUCACCGCUCACGUGGCCACCCGUACCAAAGAGAAAGCCGAGAUCGAGAAGCAGCGCCAGAAGGCCCAAGAAGUGCGCGCAGCCACCGCCCACCCGAAGGCAAAGGCAGCCGCCAAGAAGGGGGCUGGAGGCGCAGUUUUUCAGCUCAGGCUCGCGUUCGUCGCCUACCUGAGCUUCACCUUCUUUUUCCAGAUGCAGCCUGAGGCCAUCACUCGUCGUGCCAACGAUGCCAUCUCAACCCUGAACUGGCUGAGCGGGUGCGGUGGGGCGGCCCCCGAGGGGAUAUGCUCGCCGGCGCAGGCCGAGGCCGUCCAGCACAUUAAGGGCGUGAUGGAGCGCUCUCAGGCUGUUGAUGUUGUUCCGCGCCCGCAUGAAGCCGCACGCGCGCUUCUGCGUUCCCGAGCCGGAUACGACUCGGAUGAGCACAUUGUGAGCGACUACCAGGAAGAGCUGUUGUCGGUACCCGCGUCGUGCAAGGACUGCCCCUACGCGGUCGAUGUGGUGCCUGCUGAGGCUGCAUCAAUGCUGGUAGAUUUUGAAGAACGUAUGGUCAGGCCUGACAUCGAAUUUUGGGAGCUGGAGGACAACUCGGAGCCGGUCACCCCCUACAUGGACCGAAACUUGUCGGGGGAUCGACAGGCCUACAUCAAGUUUGUCCGUCGGCUGGAGUCAAUUGGUGUGUUGCGGUGGUGCACCGCUGUCAAGGAGCGCGCCACCGUGUUCUGUGUGAAGAAGAAGUCGGGGAUGCAGCGGCUAGUGGUCGACGCUCGCCGCAGCAACCGCCGCUUUCGCGAUCCCCCCGGAGUGGAGCUGGCCACCGCCGAGUCGCUAGGGCUCAUCGAGGUCGACGACGACUCGGAGGUGUUCAUCAGUACAGGCGACGUGCGGGACGCGUUCUACCGCUUCAAGAUCGAUGUGGAGCUCAGCCGCUACUUCGGGCUGCCACCGCUGCGAGCGGAGGAGCUCCACCUUCACGAGGCUGAGGGGGAGUGGCUGUCGGCGGACCGCUGGGUGCACCCCUGCUUCGCGGUGCUCCCCAUGGGGUUCAAGUGGUCACUCUACCUCGUGCAGGAGGCGGUCACCAAGCAGGUGGAGGAGGCCACGGGCGCGACCGCCGAUCGGCGCCUGCAGACGUUUGGCGGCUCGCGCCUGAUUACCUCAGGCGGGCAGCCUCUCCACUACGUCUACGUGGACAACGUAGGCUUUCUUGGCGGUCAGCCUAAGGAGGUGCAGACGAUGAAGGAUUGUGCUUGCGAGCGAUUGGACGGCGUGGGGCUGUCCACUCACGAGCACGUCGAGGCUCAGACUCAGUCGGAGGUGCUGGGCGUGGCGAUCGAUGGCGGCAAGGGCAUUGUGGCCACGUCGCUCAAGAGGAUGUGGAAAGUCGACAGCCUGCUGACCUGGCUGCUGGACCGUGGAGUUGCCUCGGGGCACCAGCUGGAGUCGACCGUUGGCCACCUGACCUUCAUUUUCAUGCUCCGUCGCCCCCUGUUGUCGGUUCUGUCUGCGACCUACCAGUUCAUUCGUAGCGCUGGUGGUGAGCAGAUCGAGCUUUGGCCCUCUGUGCGGGCCGAGCUUAGUGCAGCGCGAGCCCUGCUACCCUUUGCAUUUGCUCAGUGGAGAUUGCCCUGGCAUGGCGAGGUGGUGGCGACGGAUGCCUGCCCUACAGGUUCUCGAGAUGCCCUGGAGGACAAGUUCACCGUGUACGUCCCUAAGGGGACGAAUGACCCGAACGAGUACUGGGAGGAGGACCCCAAGUUCCCCGACAUCAGCCCCGACUGGAUCCACGAGGCCCCCUGGAAGUUUGUAUACGCUGGAAGGAGCGUGCCGAUCUCGCAGCCGGCGAAGCUGAGGAGGCUGAGUACGGCGCUGGCGAGGCAGGACCGCUUCUCGGUGGAGGUCGACGCCCUCGGCCGCUCGUUCCUGGAGACGAAGGCCGUGGGGGAGAAGGUCGACCAGCAGUACGUGGAGGUGAUGGAGGGGUUCGUGCAGGACUGCGCCAGGCUCGGUCUCUCGCUCGACUCCCCGGAGGAGGUCGACUUCGCCCUGAUCGAGGUGUUCGACGAGAAGUUCUUCAACGGCAUGGACGGGAGCGUCGGGCACUACCUGCUGGCGGCCAUCAAGGGCAUCCGCCCGGAGUUCGGGCGGGCUGGGACCCUUCGGCUUCCCCGUGCCCACCGUGCCCUCCAGGGCUGGGACCGCCUGGCUCCUGGGCAGUCGCGGCUCCCCGAGGCGCGACCGGUGUGGGCGGCCCUGAUGGUGGAGCUGGUGCGGGCGGGCUUCCGCACGAUGGCCAUCGAGACGCUGGCCGCGCUUGUGACCUACGCGCGGCCUGGGGAGAUUCACGAGCUGAAGGCGAAGUGGCUCAUCCCCCCGUCGUCGAACGUGGGGCCCCACUGGACGUUCGUCAUCCGGCCGUCCGAGGAGCUGAGGCCGACCAAGGUGGGGAUCUACGACGACACCGUCAUCUGGGACAAGGAGGAGGCGUGGACCACGCAGCUGCUGCGCGAGCUGGUGCGCGGCAAGAGCGGCGACGAGCCCGUCUUCAACUACAGCUACGCCGCGUACCUGAAGCAGUUCAAGGCGGCUGCGACGCGGCUGGGGCUUCCAGAGCUGGUUCCCUACCAGCUCCGCCACAGCGGCGCGUCGUGGGAUCGGCUGCAGCUGCGACGCACGCUGGACGAGAUCAUGAAGCGUGGCCGCUGGGGCAGCCACAAAAGCGUCGCCCGCUACGAGAAGGGCGGCCGUGUGCAGGCGCAGUGGCAGCGGUUGCCCAAGAGCUUCCAGCAGUUCGCCCUGUGGUGCGAGGCCAACCUGCAGCGCGUGAUGCUGGACGGCCUCGCCCCGCCCGCCGCACCGUCGCUGCCGCGCAGGCUCAGUGCCGUGGACGUAGAGAAGGUGCAUAUCGGUAACUUGCUGACCAGGUUCACAAUCAAGCUGGUACGCCUCUGCCUGAGGAUGAAGGUCCCGUGCAUCGUCGAGAACCCUCUCACCUCAAUGUUCUGGAUCCUUCCUGAGGUUCUAAG